GGGAGAUAAAGGUUUAUAAACAAGGGGUGAAUAGUUUCCUAGCUUUUAUGUUUAGACAUUCAGCAGUAGGAAACAAGAUACUAUGCCCUUGUAGGAAGUGUGUUAACUCAUUUUGGAGAGAGGCCAGUGAAGUGCGAGAACACUUGAUAUGGAGAAGCUUCAAUCUCUUUUGUGAAUCAUGGUAACAACGAUGAUGAGUCGUUUAUGAGCAUCGUACAGAAGAUGGUGCAAUAACUGAUUUGUUAAAGGAUUUAUCAUGUGGUUUAGAUGAUGGAGGGGAUAUGGAGGAUGAUGGGUCUUUUGAGCAACCUAAUGAAGACACAUCAGGCAUCCAUAAGAUAGCAAAAGACAAUAGUCAAGAAUUAUAUCUGGGUUGCCAAAACUACUCAAAGCUACGUUUCCUAGUUUGUUUGCUUCACAUCAAACUUCUUGGAGGAUGGACAGAUAGAAGUUUUGAUUUGUUGGUAGAUUUACUUGUAGAUGCACUACCUAAGGGUUCAGCACUUCCUAGAAACUUUCAUGAAGCAAAGAAAGUGGUCAAAUCUGUAGGAGUUGGGUACACUACAAUUCAUGCAUGUGAAAAUGAUUGCAUUCUAUUUUGGAAGGAGCACGAAAAAUAUUAUUCUUGCUCAGUAUGUAGUGUCUCACGUUGGAAAUUAGAAAAAAAGAGUCUAGAUGGUGUUGGGGGCCUUCGGCUUCCGAAGGUCCUCAAAAACAUGAUUUAACAAUGUUUUCCAAGUGAAAUGUGUAAGC